CGACGAUAACGCAAUUUGACAGGAAGGUCCAAAGAUCAUUCGAUUUGCGAUUUCACCUUAUCUCUCCAUUCCAAGGAACCAGUCCGGUUACCCAUGAUGUCUGGUUGACCCUCAGGCAACCCAGAUUGAAAGAUAUUCCAGACUCAUCCGUUUCAUGGCCCUGGUUCGAACUGCAACCAGAGGACGAUCGGGCCGACCGUGCGAACAAAUAAGACUAUGCUGGACUAUCUCUGGACGAUAUUCUAGGCUGAUGAGAUGCCAAUGAUGAGCCGGGCCUGUAGCCGUAGUGUAACACUAUUUGAUUCUAAUUUAUUUUUGUUAUUUUUUAUAAUUUUUUUGCCCCUCCGCUUGCGUUCAGUCACUUUACGGAUCCGCUAUCACAUGCUUUUCUACUUCUUAUUACUUUUUUUAUUAUCGUCGAUUCUUAAUAGCAAAUUCUAUCUGAUGUGAUUGUUUGAUACCUCGAAGGCUAAUAAAUAUCCUCGUUCCCUGGCCCUUUCCUUCAACUGACUGACUUUAUCUUGACCCUCCCUACUUUCUUCUCUUCCCCCCACCAAGCUUCUUUUAUAUAACACCUGCCCUCCUACCAGUGGCAUUCGACCUGUCUUAUUCUCCGAUAGUUCGUGGCUUACACAUUCCUACUUCCUCAGCAACCGAUGCCUCACGCAGAGCCAAAGAAGAUGGGUGAAAACGCUGUCAACGGCGAGAAGGUACACUCGCACUUCAUCGACCACCUCACAUCCUACCCCGUCGUCUCCGACUCCAUUACCGUCUUCAAGAGCAAUAAAUACGGUGCCAAGUCCAUACAGUACGCCGACCAGAGUUAUGACCGCAUCGCAAAGCCCUUCCUCCCCUACUUCUCCAAACCCUACGGCUACAUCGCACCCUACCUGGCCCGCGCAGACUCUCUCGGCGACCAAGGACUGUCUCAGAUCGACUCGCGAUUCCCUUUCAUCAAGGAGGACACCGAUAAGCUCCGGAACACCAUCUACGACAACGCCACCUACCCGGUGCGAUUCGUGGGCGAUGUCAAGACCCAUGUCUUUGACACCUACGGAUCCGAGUAUAAGAAGUGCGGCGGCGACGGCGUGGUGGCCAGCGGCAAGGCGUUGAUCACGACCAGCCUGGUCCUAUCGCAGGAGUCCCUGGGCUUCCUCAGCUCCUUGCUGCAGGCCAAGAAGGAGCAAGUGAAGGACGUGGUCAACGACAAGACCAACCAGGCCAACAACUAGAGAUGGAUGGUGUUUAAUUUUCAACGGAGGGUUCUUUGUCCAGCAGGCUUUUAUGUUUAAUUUCUGUUUUUAGAAGGGUGUUCUUCUUUUCUUUUCUGCGCAGCUACUUGAUUGAUUCAUUUUACAUUCCAGGAUGCCGGGGUCAUGUCUCAUGGCCACCAGUUCUUUUGAUACACUACCAAACCUCUUAUGAUAUCAAUACCCAAUUGAAUCUCACCUCGAACCAAGCCGUAACCACUACACCAAACCAAAACAAAACAAAACAAUAUAAUAUCCCCUCAUGAAAAGCAAUAAAAAG